GUCCGCGGUGUAGGCUGUGUCGCAGGCGCACGAUACGCUCACAAGUCACACACCAUCCGCGCGUUACACCGAUCACUUGACCAUUAAAAACCAUGAUGACAGCAUGAAAUAGUUUUAUUUUUUAUUUUUUUGUGACGAUAUUAUUGUGAAAAAUGGCAGUGAUAAAUAUAAAAAUUUUUGAUGUGAUCCCAGUGAGGCUGAAUCUAUGGCUCAUGUUAUUCACGAGUUGUUGGGUGAUCUACAUGCUACGAGUCAAUAUCAGCCUGAAUUUGAUUGCUAUGGUGCCGGAACCUAUGAAAGCCGCGUCGAAGCGAUCGCAGUGUGGUUCAAAAAUCGAUGUUUAUAAUGAUACCAUGAACGCCAAUGCUACUAUGGCUCAUGAUCAUGUGACAAAACUACGCACUCAGGUGCACGGAGAAUAUUUUAAUUGGACCGCAGACCAACAGGGUACCAUAAUUGGUGCAUAUUUCUGGUGCUACCCUUUGACAUCCCUCAUAGGAGGUAUGGCAUCUGAGCGAUGGGGUCCCAGAUAUGUCAUUCUGGUGACAACUCUUAUCAGUGGGAUAUUGACAGCUUUGAGCCCUUUUGCUGCUCGUUUAGGCUACGUUGCACUGGUCAUUGUACGCUUCCUUCUUGGAUGUGCGGGGGGUUUCACGUAUCCCGCUCUACAUGUGCUGGUAGCUCGGUGGGCUCCACCGGCCGAGAAAGGAAAAUUUGUUAGCGCCAUGAUGGGCGGGACCUUGGGAAUUGUAGCGACUUGGUCUCUCACUGGGCCUCUAAUGGAGAAAUUUGGCUGGGCUUCAGCAUUUUACGUGCCAGCAGGAUUGUCAUUUAUAUGGUGCGGAUUCUGGUGGUAUUUAGUCGCCGACACACCCAACGAACAUCCCAGAAUAUCAACCGCUGAGAAAAAAUACAUAAUGGACGCACUCGGUGACAAGGUUAAGAAAUCAAAAGGUUUACCACCAUUCAAGAGUAUAUGUACAUCGUUUCCUUUCUUAGCAAUGGUCAUUCUACAUUAUGGAAAUCUAUGGGGUCUAUACUUUAUUAUGACAGUGGGACCAAAAUUUGUUUCAAGUGUGUUGGACUUUGAAUUACAAGCUGCUGGAGUUAUAUCAGCACUUCCAUAUCUCGCUAGAUUAUUACUGGCUACAGUAUUUGGAUCAUUAGGUGACUGUAUAUUAUCCAGAAAAAUGAUGACAACUACAACUAUAAGAAAGUUUUUCUGUCUUUUUUCCCACAUCAUUCCUGGUAUUCUACUUGUGUUAAUGGUCUAUACGGGUUGCUCGACUGCGCUGUCUGUGACUAUAAUUACAAUGUCUAUGGGCUUUAAUGGCGCAGCAACUCUGACAAAUCUUCAGAAUCAUCAAGAUUUAGCACCUAAUUAUGCUGGAACGUUGUAUGGAAUUGCCAAUUCUAUUGGGAGUACAGCUGGAUUCUUUACUCCAAUGAUAACAGCAUAUUUCACGAGAAACGGGAAUACUUUUGAACAAUGGCGCCCAGUAUUUUUCAUAGGAGCCUCAGUUUACAUAGUAUCCGCAAUCUUUUUCAUAUUAUUUGGCACUGGGAAUAUUCAGCCAUGGAAUUUUAUUAGUGACGAUAAAGCCGAAGAUGACAAAACAAAAUCUAGUGACCUUAAAGAUAUGGGCGACGAUUCGAAAAAUGGAAAUUUGAAGGACUCAAAAGAAAUAUCGUUAAACGUUACUCGCGCAUAGAUGUAAUUUGAGCAUUUGACAUUUGAGCGAUUGUAAUUUAUCCCUGAUUUUACUUAAUUUGUGGUCAGUUUGAGAUAGUUAGAAUCAUUUUUGUAGAAAUUUAUCAUUGUAGUGCUUGCCAUUAUAGAAGUAUGUAUUUUAUCUGUUGGGUUUGUUGUCUAUAUUACCAAUAAAUAAGACAUUUUCAACAUGCAGGUAUGUUAAAUGAAUAUCGGAAACUGUGAUUAUUAUUGCCAAAUGGACUAUUGAAAAAUAUUGUUGUAUCGUCGAAAUGUUUCAUAGUUAAGAUCAGUAUUAUUAUUAUCUUCACUGACUAUUGUUAUUAUUUAUUUACGUAAGUUCUCAUUUGCGCAUUUACUUUUAGAUUUUAGUGUUAUUAUAAUAUGUAUUUCGAUUACCUAACUAUAAUUUGUUUAUUGUUUGUGACAUAUAAUUAUAAAUAAAUUUGUGACUCUAUAACAUAAA